AUGCAGUCCAAGCUCCUCGCCCUCUUUGCUCUCCUCGCUGUCGGUGUCUACGCCCAGGACGGCUCUGAGUCGGCCUCGCCCUCGCCCACUGAGGGCGGUCCUGGCGGUGACGCUGCCCCCUCUGACGGUGCCGCUCCCUCUGAAGGUGCCGGUCCCAGUGCCGGUCCUAGCGGCGGUGCUGGCGGUGACCCUUCGGCCACCGAAGGCGGUGCCCCUGGCGGUGCCUCAGUCCCUUCUGCUGCUGUUUCAUCGUCUGCCGUUGGUGGUGGUGGCGCCCCCGCCCCUACCGGCACGGGCGCCGCCGCUGGCAGCUCUGCUCCCGCCGGUGGCGCUGUCGGUGGCAGUGCCAUGGCCAGCUCGUCCGUUCACGCUUCUUCGAUGAGCUCGCACGCCUCGGGCUCGGCCUCGGGCUCGGCCUCGGCGGGCGCUUCUUCGGCGGCUACGACUCCGACCAGCGCUGCCGGUGCUCUCGUCAUCCCCGGCGCCCAGGUCGCUGCGGCCGUUAUGGUCGCCGUGGGUGGUGCCGCCCUCUUCUAA